AUGGUCGUCGACAACACCCAGUCAGAAGGCGAAAACCCUAUUGGUGAUUUCACCGUUGAAUUUCUCGGUACUCAAUCUUCCAGCAACAGCGCCAGUCGUCGUGAUCUAGGCUUCACAGGCCAACUCGGCGGGAAAUGGUAUGCUGUAUACGGUGAUGUACUAUGGUGCGACUCUGGCGUUACCGAUCCAUCAGAAGACACUGAAGGCUUCCAUGGAAUGGUCAGGAAUGCUGUAUCUGCUUUGACCGAUGACCCAUUGGUUGUUGACGACUUGCAUCUCAAUGAUGAUGAGCCUGUCCCCCACCAAAAGCAGUUCAUGCCGUUCAACGAAGAGUGGGGAGAAACCAAUACUUUUGGUUUCGGAGGCACCGGAAUUGCCGAGACGGACCCUGAUAGCGCAAUUGGUGUUCUUUACUACCUUGUGAACGACAACGAGCAUUACAAAGGCGCUGGUGUAGCCAAGGUCGAACUAGUCGAUGAUGUUCCCACUAUUACAGAUCGAUAUGGUGACUAUGGUAUCUGGUGGAAUGGAGAUGAACUUCCCAAGUACGGCGACGUAGCAACCUACCGAGAUGUCAACAGCGAAUACAUCUACAUCCUUGGUAAUCCACCAAACAACAUUCAGGAUUUCCCGGAUAGCAAGUACGUCUACAUGGCUCGCGUACCCGCCUGCGACGCGUUUGACCUUGACAAGUACGAGUACUGGUGGGGAAGGGAACAAGGAUGGAAGAGCGAGCCACUCACAGAAUGCAACUGCGAAACCGCUGUCAUGUGGGGUGUUGGACAAGGGCAAAUUGUUUACAACAAGCAUUUCGAAACAUACUUCUACGUUCAUCUUGAUCUCGGUGGAACGGUACUCUUAAAGACUGCUCCCAGCCCUGAAGGUCCCUGGACGGAAGGAAAAGAGAUUUACAAGGAUGAGCCUAUUGAUGGUGGACUGGUAUACGCUGGAUUAGCGUACCCUCAUCUAGACGAGUCGGGUGAGACAUUGACAAUUGGUUUCACAAACAAUAACUGGAUCCGCAUCGUCAAAGUUACCUUUACUUAA